AUGAUGCGUAAUAAUGAACCCGAAUUGACGAAUCCUUAUACCUGGUCCUAUCGGUUUAGGGCCUCGCAGCAAACUUCACUAAACGCACGGUCACUUAGCAAUCUGAUAAACGACUUCCGCGGCGCAAUCCAUGUUAUUUCUAGUGCGCGGUCGUCUUGCGAAAUAUCCUUAUUCGACACUAAGCACGAAGCUACUGCGGCCAGCUGCGUUACGUCUGGUUUUAGCAGCAGAGUAGAUAACAGCAGAGCCUAUCAGAUUACUAUUAACGCUCCUUUUGGCCAGUCUUCCACAUUGUAUUCGAUUAUUUCUAUUGAAAUCCACCCGCAGUACUAUCCGUCAACCUACGCCAACAACAUUGCCGUUCUUUCUUUCACCGGUAACUCAUUGGAAUGGUUUCACAAUACUGGCAUGAGCUCCGCAAGUUGGGACGACGUUCUGUAUAGUCAUCGUGAAAUGGUCCUUGUUAAAGAAAAUUCGUGGGGACCUACGAGUGCCACUUCCUUGCCGACCUACAGCGGAUGCAAUUCCAAGAGCAACCUGUUCAAAUCAAACUUCAACAUUAUGACGUGUAUUACCAGUGGUGUAGCCUCACCCAUGAACAGAAAUUGUCAGGUACCCUACGGAACCGGUUGGGAUGUAUACCAGUCCAAUAACUUGGCUCCUGCGCUUAUUUAUAGACACAGCGGUGUUACCGGCGACAGUAUCUGCCAGACCACAGGAACGUCGUACCAUUACUACACCAUGCUUUACCCAUACAUUGCGUGGACCAAGGACUUAAUUGGCAGAAAGCUACACACCUAUCAGAAGGACAAAUCAUAUGUUUUGAUAGAAGACGUGUCAUUCAGCAUGAGGAAUGUUGCCGGUGCCGGUGACUACGGCUCCAAUGACUCAGAGAACAUAAACGAGAAUAAUGGUAACAUUGAGAUUAUUGACAAGACUGCUGUUGUUACUGUCAAUGGUACUACGGUUCCAAUUCUUGAGCUUUUCACUGACCCUGGUAUGUCAGACCUCAAAAUUACCUGCGUGGUGCAUUUUACCGAGGCUGAUUCGAACGGCAAGCUUGUUUUAGUAUCAAAUAUUGAUGCCGAGAUUUACACCUACUCAGAUUUUACGGGCGACAGCAACAACAUUAUAGGCAGAAUUUCUGUCAGCACCAGUGCUACUGACAGCAGAAUAAAGAGCUCACAGAAUAACGCCAGCGCAAAUUCAAAGAGUAACAAUGGGCUGAGUCUUGGCGCUAGCAUUGCCAUUGGUGUAGUCGUUCCUAUUGUCACCAUUCUCAUCCUGAUUGGACUGUACUUCUUGCGUAAGUGGUGGCGCGCACGCUGCAAUUCUGCAAGCUGGGAUUCCGUAAAUGAAACUGCGAGCGUUAGUAAUAUAAGGAUUAUUGACGUUGUUCCUGAUUAUGGCACCCUUAUACCUUUACCAGCAAUUGGAUUCGUACUAGAAGCUAACCCCGCUGCUAUCCCUGCGGUUGUUUCUACCACUAUUCCUGCUGUUGAUUCCGCCGCUAUCCAACCCCCUCUUUGGACCCAGUUCCAGCGCUGA